GCCAAUCGGGAUAAUCAUGACCUGAAUGUACACAUGCUUCACCAGCUUGAACAUUGAUAUACCUGUUCAUGUUCAUGUCAGGUGUUGGAGUCUGUGUUCCUGCUGUAGGCCCAACUGAAACUGCCUGACUUGCCUACUGAAUCUAAGUCAGAGGCCUAUGCCGAAGAACCAUCAACCCAACAACCAAUUACAAAACUCAGGAAAAAAUCUUCUGGAAAUGUUGUCAAGAUAUUUUAGAGGGUCAGCUUCCCGCCUUUGCACCCGCUUAGUGAGGCAGUUCAGUUCGAAGACCUUGAACACUCCUCCAACUGCAAAUGACUUGUGUCGGCCGGCUGGUAUCGCAUCCAUGAUGAGGCUCCCAUAUCAAGACACAUCAAAGGGUCUGGAUGCUUGUUUCAUUGGUAUUCCUCUUGACACUGGGACAACCAACAGACCUGGGACCCGGUUUGGCCCUCGACAAAUAAGAACAGAAUCGGUGCUUCUACGCCCAGUCAACCAGGCUACAGGUGCUGCCCCAUUUGAGUCCCUGAUGGUCGCAGAUUGUGGUGAUGUGCAUGUCAACCUUUAUCAUCUUCCAAAGGCCUGCGAUAGGAUAACAGAGCAUUACAUCAAACUGAUCAAGAAUAGUUGUAAGCCGCUGACGCUUGGUGGUGACCACACUGUCACCUAUCCCAUCCUAAAAGCAAUCAAGGAGCAACAUGGACCUGUAGGGUUAAUUCACAUCGAUGCUCAUCUUGAUACAACUGACCUACAAGACGACGAGAGGAUCACGCAUGGCACAACCUUCAGGCGGGCAUUCGAUGACAACUGUCUUGACCCUAAGAGAGUUUGGCAGAUUGGAAUCCGUGGAAGUGGAAAUACAUCGGAUGACUACACUUGGAGUCGUGAACAGGGCUUCCAUGUGAUUCCUGCUACAGAUUGCUGGCACAAAUCUUUAACCCCCCUCAUUAACGAUAUCAAGAAAGAGAUGGGAGAUGGACCGUGCUACAUUUCCUUUGAUAUAGAUGCGCUUGAUCCUGCGCAUGCUCCUGGGACAGGUACUCCUGAAAUUGGAGGUCUGACAUCCAUACAAGCUCUGGAAUUAAUCCGAGGGUGCAAGGGUCUAAAUGUUGUCGGUGCUGAUGUUGUAGAGGUAUCGCCUCCUUUUGACAAUAAUGGUACCACAGCCUUGGUAGGAGCAAACCUACUCUUUGAGAUGCUGUGUAUCCUGCCAGGAGUAAAGUAUUAUCCAAGACCAUAGAGACACACUUUACUGUGAAAUAACUCAUCAAAUGAAUCAAUGUAAAGUUUGCCUUACAAGCUGUCUAAAUCUAUGUACUGUUUGAUUCCGCAAAUCGAAGAGUUUUGUUGUUUCUCAUUGUUUUCUCGUGUACGGUUGUAAUUCCCUAUGAGAAGAUUACAUGAUCCUAAGAACUUGUACCACAGCAGCGGAUGCCCUGUUUAUUAAACAAUAAAAGAAAGAUUUUAAGAGAAAUGUAAA